UGAUGUAUAGUGCUGCUCUGUUUGGGACGCGAGGGAAGAGAGCGAGCCGUUUAUGGGAUGUCGACCCGGCCGGGCGCAUUUGCGCGGUCUGCGAUCGUUCAAUCGCUCCGUUAUGUCAGCGCUGCCGCAAGGCGUGCAUGCCGUGGCGAGUCAUGCUGCGGGAGCUUCCGGAUUCUUGCAUUAUUGUCAUUCAUCGGGAGCGACGAUAAGUAGAUUUUAUUGCUCUUUUCCGAGAAUGAGAGGCGGCCACACAAGGUUCACGCAACGGUCUCCAAAUUAGAUCCUUUGUCACUCGCUCUGAUAAAUGUUUGUAUGUAAUCUAAUUACAAAAAUGACUAGGAUUAUCAAUCUACAGUUACAAUUUUGAUGAUUAGACAGUUUUGUAAAUAAGAUCCCCCCCACCAUUUAGUAGUUGUGUUUGAUGUCCAAUAGCAAAAGGAUUGGAGCAUAAGAAGAUGCUCUGAUGGUCAAGCUCGCUGUGAAGGCAGCAGAGGGAUGGAUGGGAGGCUUCACACAACCACCUGGGUGUUCUGGAGAGUGUCAUUUGAGUCCAAGAUACGGGUCAAAGUGGAUCACACGAAUGGAAAGCAUCAGCUUGGAAACGAACUGGGACGCCUUAAGCUUCUCCUCUCUGGUGGCGCCGGCCAGCACCAACCGCACUUCCACGUCUGUCUUUGAGCUCAACACCCUCAACGGCUCCCACGGCGGAUCCUCCUUCUUCGGGAUCUUUCCGGAGAAUGGCUCCGACGCCACGCCGUACCCGCUGCCCCAACCCAGGGUGAGGGACCAGGGCCUGGCCCGGGCCGAGAUCGCCGUGCUCGGGGUGAUCCUGGCUCUCACCACGCUGGGCAAUGGUUUUGUCCUGUGGGUGCUGCUCAGGAGGAGGAAGCACAAUGCGCCCAUGCACGUCUUCAUGGUCAACUUGUGUGUGGCUGACCUGGUGGUGGCCUUCUUUCAGGUUCUUCCCCAGCUCAUCUGGGACAUCACAGACAAGUUCCAGGGACCCGAUUUCCUGUGCCGCUCCAUCAAGUACUUGCAGAUUGUGGGAAUGUUUGCGUCCUCCUACAUGAUCGUGGCCAUGACGGUGGACCGCCAUCACGCCAUCUGCUGCCCGCUGCAGGCUUACCGCAGCGGGGCAGUGCCCCGCUGGAACACGUCCGUCGUGGUGGCUUGGGGUUUGGCGCUCGUCCUCAGCCUACCGCAGGUGUUCAUCUUCUCACGCUCAGAAGUGAGUCCCGGGGAGUUUGAGUGCUGGGGUCACUUUGCUGAGGCGUGGGGGCUCAAGGCCUACAUCACCUGGAUGACGCUGGCUGUCUUUCUCCUGCCCGCCCUCAUCAUUACCGUCUGUCAGAUAAGAAUCUUCCGGGAGAUCCACAACAACAUCUACCUAAAGUCGGAGAGGAUGGUGAUGGCUGAGCUGAAGAGGAAAGAAAUCCUUUUCCCUUUCCGCAGCUUUAAGAGAGAAGAGCGGGCCAGGGAAAGAGAAAGGGGGCGGCGGGCGUCCGGAGGCGGCGCUCAUCUGGGACUGCGGCUGAAGCCCGUGACAAACAAAAACACGUCCGAUAAAAGUCAAGCGGGAGACGUCGCGUCGAGAAGCGCGCCGUCGUCCGAUCAGCGGCAAGCCAACGGUCCCGAGUGCCACGAGUCCUGCACGGCGGUCCCCGGCUCACCUCGCUGCUCCCUUGAUUACGCCCCCCCUCGCCACGAAGCGCCGCCGCCUCCCAGCAUCACCAAGGCCAUGUCCAAAACAGUCCGAAUGACGCUGGUCAUUGUGCUGGUCUACACUGUGUGCUGGUCCCCUUUCUUCAUUGUUCAGCUGUGGGCCGCCUGGGACCCCAACUCUCCCAACCAAGGAGUGGCCUUCACCAUCCUCAUGCUGCUGGCCAGUCUCAACUCAUGCACCAACCCGUGGAUCUACACGGCCUUCUCCAGCAGCGUGUCCGGAGAGCUUCACAAUCUGCUACGCUGCGGCUGGCCAGCCGGACGCCGUCGGGGCUCGCUGCCCGACGACUCCACCUCCACGCAUACGUCCACCACCAAGGACAGCCAGUACUGACCCGGUGAGACAACCCCAGAGAACCUCGCCUCGUCCUCCGGAGAACACGGGUGACCUGCUUCUGCCAGAUGUUCCCAACGAUGGGAUCGAUGCGGACGGGAACUCCAUCCGCAAGGGCGCGUGACGGAAUGCGCUCGAGCGGUUGUGCAAAGUGACCUCGGCUCGAAGCGUUUAUUCCCGCUGGAAGUUCUGUCGGCCCAAGAACGGAAGGUGUGAAUGGCGUCGGGCGGUCAAAGAAGCGGAUGGCGAGCUAGCUGCCGCGGGACCGACAUGUCACGGACGACGCUAUUCCACAGGAAGGCUGCGGUGGAAAUCCAAUCAUGUGAACAAACUUCGACACAAGUGAAUUAGCGACGGAUGAACUUAAGAGGAGAGCUGUGAGCAAACACGAGAGGCUCAUUCAAGAGAGAACACACACACACACACACACACACACACACACACACACACACUGGAACACAUCCACCCAAACAAACAUGAGCCCUCGCGGGGCAGCUUAGGUCUGCAAAACGAACAAUCCGGCUUUCCGCAAGCCAGCGGGACACAAUGAUGUGUUUUGAUGACAGCAUGUGAAGUAUAGAAAAUGACUUCCUGACCGGUUACGCAACGCGCCGAAGGAACGAGAGGAAAUAUUUCCAAAGCAUUCCAUGUCAAAGGAUACAUAUUGAUUAUCGGGCACGUUGGACAGCAUGCGCCUUGUAAACGUUGUCGUUUGUAGAGUUGGAAAGUGGCGACAAGUUUGCGUUAGUCGUGUAACCAAAGAUAAGCUUGCACUUUUCAUUAGAAAAGCGGUGCCGGUCCGAACAGAGUGCGGAUAAUGCCCACGGACACUUUUAUAGCCCGACAGCCCCGGUUUAAUCUCACGCUGUCGUCGGGCGGGUUAUUCUCGGCGGCGAUAUCGCCAGAGAAGCGCUUUUCAAUUUCAUUUAUCGACAGUUUCCACCUCACCGUUCGUAAUGCAUUUCUGUCCACCAUGUUUUUUUUUUGUUAUUUUUUUAUUAUCCAACUAUUAAAGUCCGGCAAAUGAAAGUAGAUGAAAGUAUCGUCAACAUGAGGCAAACUCAAAGGCCGCAAUGACGCAGCAGCUUCAAAGUGCUUGAAUUCGGACAUUCCCAUGACAUUGCGCAAUAAAAACUUGCUCUUUGCAUUUUUCUUAUUCUCAUUUGAACCCUCAUGAGAAAAUGUCCCUCUGCAAGAUGCGUAAAUAUGAAACAGAGGAGAAGCGUAAAAAAAUGGAACGCCACCAGCAGCCAAUGGGCUAAUAUCCACAAUCAGCAAUUAAACGUUGUGUAACAUUCAAUAUUUAUCUUCUAUAUUUCUUCUUCUUUGUGUGUGGUCACUGCCCUCCGUUAACACUCGUCGUUUCGAGUGUUCGCUAAAAAGUAAACGCGUGAUCACCGAUUUGAUACGAUACUACUUGAUAGGCACGAUUUUGCAACUUGGGAUGGUUCCGAAAGAUGCUUCUUAAAAGGAUCAAGAAAAUGAAAAGUUUGUUUCAGUUAAUGGUAACAAACAGCAUCGAUCAUCGGUACAAUCCGAAAAAAGGCAACUACUUGAUAAACUCUUUGCGUACGGCUGAGUGUGGAUUAUACUGCCCCCAGGUGGCCAUUGCGAGUGAAACAGAUGGAGCAGCACGACUUCUAUUGAAUUGAAGUAAAGCAUGUGGAGGAAAAAAGAAAUGCUUUGACGCUUGAAUCAUUGAUGACAUGACUGCGGGCAUUUUGGCGUCACACAACGUCAAUUUUUCUUUUUUGGUGGAUUUGGAAUGAAUUAAUGACUCCGAAUUUAAAAAGCACCACUGGAUAACAAAUUUAAAUUGGCUCAAGGCACCGCGGUCGAAACGAGCUCGGCAAAACGAGCAGCAGAAGAAUCUCCGUGUGAUCCUUUGUGAUGGUGUCUCCUAAGACUACGCAGAUGUAGCCGUUGGCCGGUGUCACAGAUGAAAGCAGACAUUUCCAGACGUUCUGUUUUUGUGUCCAAAGCACAAUUGCGGAGGACAAUGCUGGGACGCUUUCAAGAUGUCUCGGGAAUCCUCGUCCAUGUCGGAGGAGAAGCCUCACCUUUUCCUCUGGCCCGGCGCCGCGUCCAGCAUUUGUUCCCCAGACACGACGCUCCUCUUUGAUAGUUUGCCAGACGAAAAGCUACAUCAACACCCUGGCGCGUUCUACUUUGUUUCAUCGGGAAGUGGGCCAAGUUCUCCGCAAACUCCUUUGGGUGUUAAUGUAUGUUCCUCUUCCUGGUAGGAAACGGAGAGGUCAAUAGAUGUUUCUUCUCCAAUGAUGCUCUCGCAAUGGCCUCUCACACUUAUGGUGCCUUGAGGUACGAACUUCCAUCUGUUCCGUGACCUUGUUCCUCAGACAAAACACUUUGUAACACUUUUCAAAUAUCCUUUUUCAAUGGAAAAUGCAAUUAAUCCAUGACAGACUUUUUAUUAGAAAAAAAAAAGAAAAAAAAAAAAAACAGCACGCUGUAACAUUGACAAUUUACAGAAAUGUAAAGUAGGAUUGUUUUGUGUGCUUGCGAGGAUUGUGAAUUUCAUUUUGCAAUGCCGCUUGAAUUACAAAUACUUUGGGAUUCUGGAACGCAAAGAAUUAAAGAGAUUUUGAAUCAC